UGCGAGGUGAGCGAAUGUGCUGCAGGUCGCGGAGCGUGUCGCCAUGUGGUGUUUGUGAAUUUUUGUGAUUGUGGCGAAAAGCGAUGGUAUACUCAUGAGGGCGUUAGGACAAAAUGGUCAGAGAGACUAGACAUCUCUGGGUUGGAAAUUUGCCUGACAGUGUUACCGAGGAUCGGAUAAAGGAGCACUUCAAAAGAUACGGCCGCGUGCAGAGUGUGAAGCUGCUCUCGGCUGAGGACGCCGCCGGCCCGGCCGCCACGGUAGCCUUCAUCGACAUCAAAUCGGCCGCCAAGGCGCACAAUGCCGAAAACCGCGUGGAAGAGCGGCCUCUGCUGACCAAGUACUAUGACCCGAACGGCCGACCGGCGGCCGACGAGCCGGCGCGGCCGCCGGCCGGCGUCGGCGGCUACCCGGCCGGCCGCGGCCGCGGCGCCGGCUUCAGUCGCGGGUGUGCCGACGAUAUGAGUGUCCGAUCUAGUCAGGUGUAUGGUGAUGCUUUCGGUGUGCGGCGGUAUGAGGAUUAUAAGGCGGGUCGGAGGAACGCCUACAGGAGUGGACCUUUUUUAGACAGGGCUCAGGGCUCGCGGUACCGGGGCCCGGCCGGCUGGUACGGCGGCGAACUGGCCCGCUUCGGCGGUGACCUGUACGCUGCCGACCGGUCACCGGGCGUCGGCAAGGCGCUGGCACGGCGCGGCUCACCAGCCGCCCUCCAGCACGCGCGAGUCAUCAACAACAUCGCCAAGCCGGCCCAGUCGAAACGGCCCACACGCCGGUCGGGCAGCGGCUCCGGCUCCGAGUCGCGCUCUCACUCGCGCUCGUCGAGUCGCUCCCGGUCGUCGCCAUCGACGCGCAGCUCGUCGAGCACCAGCCGGUCGACGCCGUCUCGGUCGGGGUCUCGCUCCAAGUCGCGCUCCCCAAGGAGGAACAAGCGCGGCGGGCUGUCGUCGGCAGUGGCCGCGGUCGCCGCCUCCAACAACCAGUCGGGCAGCGUGAGCUCCGGCAUCGGCUCGUCAUCCCCUCAGCCCAACGGCACCGAGGACAGGAAGCCCAUCGCCAUCUACGUGAAGAACCUGCCGGCACGCUCCAGCGAUACCUCACUGAAGGACGGCCUGUUCCACGAGUACAAGAAGCACGGGAAGGUCACCACGGUAAAAAUAAUCGGCCAGGGUGCCGAGCGCUACGCCAUCGUUUGUUUCAAGAAGCCCGAGGACGCCGAAAAGGCGCUCAAUGUGUCGCAUGACAAGAGCUUCUUCGGCAGCAAGAUCGAGGUCGCGCUCUACGAUGGUUUUGAGGUGGACGACUCGGACCAUAGGCUGUUCUCGCGUCAGUGUGAGACGAAGCUGGACGAGUACCACCCGAAGGCGACGCGCACCCUCUUCAUCGGCAACCUGGACAAGGAUGUGAAGCAGACGGAGCUGAGGAAGGCCUUCGAAAAGUUCGGCGAAAUCAUUGAGGUGGACAUCAAAAAGCAGCAGUCGGCGGCGCCGUUCGCGUUCCUCCAGUUCACCGACAUCGAGUCGGUGGUGAAGGCCAUGCGUGCCAUGGACGGGGCCGAGCUGGGCGGCUGCGUGGCGAAGCUGGGCUUUGGCCGCUCGAUGCCGACCAACUGCGUGUGGAUUGACGGUGUGGCGGACGCCAUCACCGACAAGUACCUGGCGCGGCAGUUCAGCAAGUUCGGCAGCGUCGUGGCGUGCGACAUCAACCGCGCACGGGGACACGCGCUCGUCACAUUUGAGUCGGCGUCGCCGGCGCAGGUAGCCGUCAUUGAAAUGCGCGGCCGGGCGCUGGGCGGCAAGAAGCUGCAGAUUGACUUUGCGUCGCGCGAGUGUCAGGACGCGUUCUUCGAGCACCUCAGCAAACAGCCUCUCAGGUGUGAAAGGGACCCGGGCGGGUACCGGUUCGUCAGUCGGUACGAUCGCGGUCGGAGCUACCGCGGCGGCCGCUACGUGCGCCGCGGCGGCCGCUUCGACUACGACGAGUUCGCGCGCGACCCGGCCGCCGGUUACGACGACAGCUACGCCCAGGAGCUGCGCGAGUACUACUCUCAGCGGCACGGUGACCCCGAGUACCGGCGCGUGCAGCUGGAGAGCGGGCCGCCGUACUCUCCGGCGCGCCGGCGCAGCGCCGACCGCAGUCCGAGUGCCAGCCGCUCGGAGCGGCGCGCUCAGCUGCAGAGUGUGGUCACCGUCGGCCGGCCGGCGCGCACCGAGGACUCGCUGCCGCCCGGCUCUGGCGACGAGACGGGCGAGCGGCCGGCCAAGCGAGCGCGGACCUCUGAGCCGCGCGAGCCGACCGACCCGCGGCCGGCCGCCGGCGGCAAACGGGCCGCAGACUCUGACGGCGGAAAGCCGAUCGAGGUGCACGUGACGGCGCGGCGCGGCUCGGACGCGCGCCGCUCCGACUCGCGGCGCGUCUCGGUGGACAGUGUGAAGGCCGACGAGCCGGCCGAGGAGCGCGUGACCCGAGAGAUCCCCCUCGAGCCCGUCUCCAAGCGGCGCCGACGGUCCGCGGAUGGCGACCCGCGGACCGCCCGCGCCGCCGCGCCGGCGUCGGCGGCGGCUGGCUCCGCCGACGACGACGGCCAGCCGGGCACGCCGCUGUACGACGAGGUGGACGAGCCGGCGGCGGCCGAGCCGCGCGGCCUGCCGCCCGCCGCCCGGCUGCAGCCCAUGGUUCUACCUCUACCCAAGUUUGCUCAGCAGUUGAUGACGGCCUCGCAGCAGGCCAAGGCGCUGGCCGUCUCCUCGCCGGUGGUGGCGCCGACGGCGAGCGUGUCGGCGCCGGCGCCUGUCAGCUGCGCGGGCCCGUCGGCGCCGCGCGCGUCCGGCGUGUCGGCGCUCACCUCGCCGCCGGCGCUCAUGUCGCCGCCGCGCCGGCCGUCGGUCGAGAAGCGGCCGGAACCCAGUACAAAGAUGUGCGGCCAGCAGUCGCCGCGCGGCUCCGACUCGUCGGAACCCUCGCCGCUGCAGUCGCCCUCGCUCGAGGAUCAGAUUCGCGCGCUGGACGAAAAGUAUGAGAAGUGGUCGGGCUCGUCGCGCACGAUCGGCUGCACCGUGUCGAGUGACUGUGUGGACCGGCUGAAGCGGCGGACGCUGGGUCUCGACCAGAUCCGAUCUCAGCCGUCGCGCAUCAUGCAUUCGAUGCUGGCCAAACGCUCGGUGUUUGACGAGGACUCGAAGCGUCUGGAGAACUUUGGUAAAAAGUACGAGCCGGAGCCGAUGGACCCUGCCAAGGAGUCCGAUCUGCGCACCAAGACGGUGGUGAGCGGCGCCGCGUGUCUCACCGGCACGCUCAGCGGAGUGAUCUCAAAGCGGCCGGCCGUGCCCGCCGCCACCCCGGCCGCCUCUCUGCCGGCCGCGCCCCUGACCACCUCGGCCACCGCCACCGCCACGUCGGCGACGACGGUGCCGUCGGCGGCGGCGGCCACCGCGACGACGGCGUCGACCACACCUCCGCGGCCGCCGUCGCCGGCGCGGGUCCCGCCUCCGGUGCCGGUGUCGACGCGGCAGCCGCCGCCGCCGCUCACCAUGCCCGUGGACGUGUCGCCGGCGGGCGCGGCGCGGACGGCGCCCGUGGCGCGGAGUUCGGCCGCGCUGCCGCCGCCGGCGCCCGGACCCUACUCGCCUGUCACCCCCGUGUCGGCGGCGUCACUGCCGCCGGCCGAGCCUCCGGCGCCGGCGCGGCGGCCCGACCCGGCGUCCCAGCUCCCCUCGCGGCCGGCGCCGGGCGUGGGCUCGCCGUGCUGGGAGCUGCCGGAGCCCGAGCUGGAGCAGACCGAGUCGCGGGACGGCGCCGGCGGCGUGCCGGAGCCCGAGGUGCCGGCCAGCCUGCCGACGCCGCCGUGCUCCAUCACCGACCGGGCCAGUGUCGACAGCGUCAGCGACUGCACCGUCUCCAGCUCCACAGAGAUCGGCGCCGACGAGAAGAAGCUGGCCGACUGCGCGUCGCCCAAGGCGGAGGACGUCGAGGAGGCGCCGCGGCCGGCCGAGCCGCCGCCGCCGCCCGCCGGCGACGGCGCGUCCACGGUGGCCGAGUCUGUCAUUUCGAGCAGUUCGUCUCUGAGUCAGCAGGCGCCGCCGCCGCCGCCCCCGCCGGCAGCCGUGGACAAACCGGAGCCGGAGGAGAAGGAGCUGCUGAAGGAGCGCCUCCUCAGCGACACGGAGCUGCUGAAGGCGGUCAUCCACCCCAAGGCGCCGCUGGAGGCCGUGGAGCGGAUGGAGCAGGUGAUGACCGUGAAGACGGAGCACGGCGUGCCGGAGGCGGUGACGGCGCGACUGGAGGCCGACCGGACGGCCGUGCCGCCGGAGCCGCCGGCGCUGGCCGCCGACCUACCACCGACACCAGCGCGGACCUCCAAAACGAAACAACGCGACCACUCGGCGGGCGAACGGCCGCGCUCCGACAGUGUCUCCUCCCGCGGCGACAAACGCGAGUCAAAGUCGCACCGGAGCGACCACCACCGGCGCGACCGCGGCUCGGAGCGCUCCAAAGACCGGGGCAAGGAGCGGCGACAGCGUGACGCGGCCAAGGACUCGUCCAAGGAGCCGUCGGCGCGCGACUCGCCACGAGAGCACGCCAAGGAAUCCACAAAGGAGUCCGCCAAGGAGCCGGCGGCGAAGGAGGCGUCCUCUCACGCGUCCCACUCGUCCCAUGCGUCUCACGCGUCGAGCGCCAGCAAGCGUCGUCUCAGCUCGUUAGAGGAGAGCGACGGCUCGGCGGACUCGAAACACUCGCGGCACCGGCACGAGCGGCGAGACGAGCGCCGGGAGGAGACGGCGCCGCAGAAGAAGCCGAAGCUCGCCUCGGUUUCGUCCACCAUCUCGUCGUCGAGCGUCGAGCACGACGCGACGGCACGAGUCGAAAAGCCGCGGGAGCGACCGCUCGGCUCGUCGUCGUCGCACCGACACGACGAUGAGAAGGCGGAACGCGAGCCGAAACGGCCGGCGGACGCCAAACGCGAGGAGGCGCGCGAGAGGCAUGAGAAGCGUGAGGAGAAGUCAAAGUACAAAUUACACAAGAAAGAGAACCACACGCCCGAGGAGAGGAAAGAGGAGGCGUCCGAGCGGACGAAGCCGAGCGAGCCCCACGCGCACAAGUCGAGCAGUGACGCGAAAAGGACAUCAGACACACACGAAAGGUCAAAACACCGCGAUAAAGGUUCGGCGGAAAAGAACCGGACAAAACCUGCCGGUCACGAGCGGAAGAAGGACAAACACUCGUCCAAGGACCGGCCCGAGCGGGAGCGAGAAAACGCCGACAAAGCCGCGAAGGAUAGCAAACGGCCGGAGAAGUCUGCGAGGAAAGUCUCCAAACUGGUCUACAGCACUGACGCUGACAGUGAUCACGAGGACAAACCUCGGAAAACCAAGGAGAAGGAGCACGAAAAACCGCAGCCCGCCUCGAGCAAGGACAAGAGCCGCAGCAAGGACCACCAGGACAAGCGGCGAGAAAAGAAACCGGCGGCCGAGCCGGCCAAGAGCGAGCCGACGGAGAGGCACCCGCCGCCCAAACUGCAGAUCAAGAUCGAGCCUGGUCUGGAGAGUGGGAAGGAGGACCACGCGUCUCGCUCAGAGUCGGAAAAGACCCCGCUCACCGCCGACAAGAAGUCGCCCCACCCAGCGUCUUCGGCCGGCGCCUCCAAGGAGAAGAGCAAGUCGAAGAAGAAGGCGCAGACCUUCGACAGCGACUCUGAGUCAGAUUCCAACGACGACGAGCCGCCCAAGAAGAACAUCUUCGACGUGGUUCUGGACGACGAGCCGCCGUUCUUCAGUAUGUACGACAAGGUGAAGAGGCAGCGCGCCUGCCAGAUCAAAAAGGUCGAGGAGCCCAAGACACCGGGCACGGGUGCGCCGGGCGAGCACCAUCCUCCCAAGCGCAGCAGUCGGCCCAAGUCACAGAGUUCGCGCUCCAAGGAUAAGAAGGGCAGCGGUCUCACAUCUGCCAGUGACGAGAGCGACGCCGAGAUGGAGCGGUUCCACCCCAAGAAGAAGCCGUUCGACACGUCUUCGGACGAGGAGGAGGCCAUGCCGAAGAAGGCGCCGGUCGUCAAGGAGGAGCCCAAGUCGGACGAAGCGCCGGCGGCCAGCUACUCCAAGGCGAGUAAAAAGCCGCGCGACUCCAAGCCCAAGAGCGCUAAGCCGAGGCUGCUCGCGUCCGACAUCUACAGCGACGAGAGCGAUUCGUCCGGGCCGCCGGUGCUAGAGCCCUCUGUGGCCGUCCCAGAGGCGCCCAAAGAGGACGCCAAGGCGCACCGGCCCCGCGACAAGCGCGACAAGGCGCGUCCGAAGCCGCGAGAGCACGCCACCACGGACGUCAGCUCGGCAGAGGAUGCCGCCGCGUUCAAGGUGAAGCGGGACGUGAAGCGCGAGCCGACGGAGCGGCGGCGCGCGCGCUCCGGCCACGCCGAGGAACGGCGGCGGGAGCGGCGCGAGAGCCAGAAAAAGGACGAGCGCAUCGAAGCCAUCUUCGGGCCGAUGUCCGACUCUGACAACGCCACCAGUCCGGUGCCUCCUCUGUCGGCGCCGGCGGCGGCCGAGAAGCCGGCCCCUGCUGCGCCGACAGCCCCGUCUCCGGCGGCCAGCUCACCGCCGCCGGCGCCGGCGCCGUCACCGCCCGCGCUGACGGCUCCACCGACACCCGCGUCUGCCCCUGCGCCGGCGGCGGCGCCCGCGCCACCUUCGUCGCACGGGUUCGCGGCCGGCGCGUUCAAGAGCAAGCUGCAGGUGUCGGAUAUUUACGACUCGGACUCGGACGGCGCGGCGGCUCCGGUGGACCGGCCGAGAACGCCGGCGCUGCCCGCCGGCAAACCGCGCAGCGAGGAACGCAAGGAGCGGAGAAAACAGAAGGAGGCGAACCGGGCGGCCGCGAAACGAGACGCGGCGAAACCGGCGGCGGACGACGUGUCAGAGUCUCACCUUUCUCUCUCGCUUCCAUCGCCGGCCGGACCGCCGAAACCUGCCGAGACGUCGCUAAAGUCCAUCUUCGGCGACUUCGAGGACAUCACUUCCGACGCGCCUUCCUCGGCGCCGGCGGAGGAGUCGCGAACCGUGCCGCCGUCGACGCCAGCCGCGCGUCCGACGCCGUCCUCGUCGUCGUCUGCCGCUGCCGACGACGUUUUCCGGUUCAGUGACGAGAGCUCGGACGCGUUCGGUCGGCCCCGCAAAGAGCGAAGUCGAACAAAGAAGAAGAAGAAGCGUGACAAAGACCGCGAGCGGCGGGACGUCGACCGGCGGCGCAGCGAGGAUCUCGGCAAGGACGGCUCGCUGGCGGCGCUCUUCAUCGAUGUGCGCGGCUCGGACCACGAGCGGGCCAGUCCGCGCAUCCUCAGCCCGGUCAACCGGCACGGCUGCAGUCCGCGACUGGCCAGCCCGCACGAACUUAUCAGUCCCAAGACGCGCAAGUCACCCAAGCCGUGUCUGUCACCCAAACCGACGUACGUCUCUCCGCGAGCGGAGGCCGCUGCCCAGAAGCGAGCAGAGGAGCGGAGGAACAGCCUCGAUCCGUUCGACCAGCUGCUGGAGUCCCGCUCGUUCAAGUCGCCGGGCCGCCACCCGCUGGGUCUGCCGCGCUCUCCGGCGGCGCUGAGCCCCGGCCGGGCGGCGCCGCCGUGCAGCUCGGCGUCCCUCUCCGCGGACGGAGAGGUCAGCCUGUCUGUACCCGUACCUGAGCCGGCGGCCUCCGAGGCGCCGGCGACCCCAGUCACGCCGCCGCUGUCGUCACGGCCGGAGCUGUCCGACUCGUCACGAUCGGCGUCGACAACGACGACCUCGAAGGCGUCCGGCUCUCGGCCGGUGGUCGCUCCGCCGUCAGACGACGGAGUGGAGACCAUCUCCCUGCCGAGCAUGCCUCCCGUCUCGGUGAAGCUGGAGCCGUGGGCGUCACCCAAGCAGGAGCCGCUGCCCAGCCCGCCGGUGCCCGCAACGGCGGUCGUCAAGUCGGAGGAUUCGGCCGCAUCGUCGCGCGCGCCUUCGUUCCUCUCGGCGACGGUCUCGCAGCAGCUGAGGCCGGCGCCGCCCGCCGUGCCGCCGCCGCCGCCGUCACCGCCGGUCGAGGUGAAGUCGGAGAGCCCCACACCGGCCCAGAAGGAGCUGGAGAAGAAGUCGCGCGCCGUCAUCUCGCAAGAGGAGACGGAGGACGCGGUGGCCGCCCUGCUCGGUCAGACGUUCAACUUCGGCUACGAGCCGACGCCGUCGGAGCUCGAGCCGGAGCCCGAGCUGGUGCUGACGGCCGACCCGGACGAGGCCGCCCAGGCGGUGCAGAGUCUCAUCAUUGGCAGCCCGGACAAGGAGGCGGUGUCUCCGGCCAUCGAGCCCACCCACCACGAGCCACCGGCCGUCAAGGAGGAGGUGGAGCCGGACACCGAGCUGGUGCUGCCGCCGGCCGAGUCGCCGGCCACGCCGCCGCCGCCGCCGCCGACGGCCGCCUGCCAGCCGGUGGCCGAGUCCCCGCGCAGCGAACCAGAGCUGCAGAUCGACGAGGACGACAAGUCUGGCGAGCUGGUGAUCGAUCACCCCGAGAGCGAGCCGGAGACGGAGCCGCACCGGGACAGCAAACUGCGGGUGGACGCGGAGGAGACGGCGUCGCGACCCAGAGUGAAGCCAGAGCCGGAGACGCCGGGCAAUAUCCCAGAGGUGUCCCGGAGGACGGAGCCCAGGCUGGAAACCAAGCCAGAGCGCGAUGCGGCGCCGGUGUCUGUCGCGCCGUCCGUGUCUGCCUACGAGCCGCCGGCGACCAGCAAGCCGGGGCCGAGCGUCACGCUCAGAGAAACCACCGAGCCGAGACGGACGCCUGCACCGGCCGACUCCGUGCCGAAGAUGGAGCCGGUGCCGCAGCACAAACCCGUCAUCGUCCCCACCAUGUCCCAGUUGCACAAGCCGCCCGUGGUCACCCCGCCGGCGCCGCAGAAGCCGGUGGUCGUGUCACAGAGCUCGCAGAAGCCCGUGGCCGUGUCUCUACCUCAGCAGAAGUCGGCGCCGGCGCCGGCCCUGCAAAAACACACCGUGCUCCCGCCGGCGGCGGCGCAGAAGUUUGUGCCGACGCCGCAGCCUCCGCAGAAGACAGUGGCAGCGCCUCCGCCUCCGCAGAGGCCAGUGACGGUAGCACAGGCUCUGCCCAAGCCGGUGAUGCUGCUGCAGCCCUCUUCAAAGCCCGUGGCAUCGGUACAUCCCCCUGUGGCGGUGCCACAGGCUGUGACGAAGCCCGCGACGCUGACACAACCCCCGCAGAAGCUGGCGACGAUGGCCCAGCCUCCGCACUCGGCUGCGACGCUGGCGCACGCUGCACAGAAGCCUGCGCCGAUGCCGCAGCUGACGCAGAAGCCCGUCGUGUUGUCCCAUCUGCCGCAGACGGCUGUGCCAGCGGCCGGCGUCCUGGCGCAGACCUCUCAGAAGCCUGUGCUGGUGCCGCAGAAUACACUACCGACGACGCAUCUUCCUCCGAAGCCGCUGCCGGUGCUGCAGCAACAACAGCUGAAAUCACCGGCCGUUCCGCAGCAGCAACAGCCGAAACCAGCGGCUGCCGUGGCGCAGCCCCCGGCGGUCGCCACUGCGGCACAUCCGACCGUGCCGAGGCAGGCUCCGACGCUGGCGCAGCAGCAGCAACACCAGAAGCCUGUUCCAGCGCCGCCGCAGCAGCACAAGCCUGUGGCAGCUCCCCAGCAGCAACCCAAACCGGAGCCGGUGCCUCAGCAGCAACAGAAGCCCGCGGCGGCGACUCCGCUGCAGAAGCCACAGCCGACCGCCGCGCCGCCGCACCCGAAGCCACAGUCGCCGACCCUACCGGCGGCGGUGGCGCGGCCGAUCUCGGUGCUCACCUCGCUGCCGAGUCCCGUCGAGACGCCGGUCAUCGUCAAAUCUCCGGCGGCGACCGCGGCAGCCUCGUCACCGGUCCCGGUGGCCCCGCAGCCGCAGACUCCAACUCCGGCUCCGGCUCCGGCCGCCAGCCCGGAGGUCAAACCGGAGCCGCAGGCCGCUGCUUCUCCGGCCGCCGAGCCGGCUGAGAAGGCCGCCCCGUCACCGCCGGUUGCCGAGACCAAGACCCCGGCGCGUGCCGUGCGGACGCGGGCGCAGCGACCCAGCAGAGCCAAGGCGGCCGUGGCGGCCGCGGCGGCAGCCGCUGCCGCCGCCGCCGCCGAGCAGCAGGACUCGCCUACAACCACCCCGCCGACGAGGGCCGCCAGCCGGCGACCCCCGCGCGUCGCCAAGGGCAAGGCCGCCGCCGCCGCGGCAGCCGCUGCACUCAUCGAGAAGGAAGCAGCCAAGGAGGACGCAGCUCCGCCGCCGCCGCCUCCCGCCCCUGCGGCGCCGGCCGCGCCGCCGCCAUCCGCACCGCUGGCGCCGCCGCCGCCGCCCGAGCCGAAGAAGCCCGCGCGACGACCUGCGGCUACACCGCGCAACCGCAAGCGCGCCGCGGCGCCCAAGGGCGGUGCCAGCGAUGUGUACGAGUUCCACGACUCGGGUGACGACGACAGCGGAAGGAAGGCGACCACCAAGGCGGCCGCCGCCGAGGAGAAACGCUCCAGCAUCGACGAAACCAUCGAGGACGUCGUCCAGGGCCGAUUCGGUGACCCCAAGGACUGGGACGCGGACGUGGAGCCGCGGAACCCCACCCCGGAGCCGCCGGCGCCCACUCCCGCCGAGUCUGCCGCACCCACAGCGGCGGCCGCCACCGCCACACCACCACCAGCGGCGGCACCGGCGGCGGAGGACACGCCAGCGCCCGACACCAAGUCGCCGCCGGCACCAGAGGCGUCCGAGUCUACCUCUCCGGAGACGCAGGCGCUGCUGGACCCUGUCACCGGCCUGAUGGUGCCUCUGAAGGAGGGUGAGGCCGCCGAGGAGCCGGCGCGCAGCUCGCCGCCAGCCGCAGCGCCCGCCCCGACCCCCGCGCCGCCGCCGCAGCCGGUCUCGGCCGCUGCUGCGGUCCGACCGACCGGCCCUGUGGCGCCCGUGCGGCCGGCGCUCUACCAGGCCACCGCCGCUCCCGUGGCGCCGACUCCGACCGCCACCCCGGCGAGACCGGCGGCGCCGGUGGGCUACCAGCACAGUCGGCCGCAGCUGCCUGCGGGCACGGUCGGCUCGCUCUACUCCCCGCGGCCGGCCGCGCCGCCGGCGACCGUCGUGUCGUCCGCGCCGCCGGCGGCCGCCACCUACCUCGGCAAACCGGCCUACAUGGCGGCCAAGUCAGCGCCUACCACGCCGUCCGUCUCCGUGUUCCCAGUGAAGACGUCAGCGGCCAGCGCCGGCGCGGCUCCGCCGUCUGCCAAGCCGGCCACCACCAGCGGAGCAGCCUCCCUGUAUCAGGUGAAGCCGCCGGCGGCGGUGGGUGGAGCGGUGUUGUACCCGGUGAAGGCAGUGCCGGGGGCAGCCGGUAUGACCGUCCCGCCGGCGGCCGGGUCACCGCGCGCGGCGCACCAGCCGGCCGCCUCCAGCGCUGCACCCUCCCCGGUCACCGCCGCCGCUGCUGCUGCGUACCCCGCCAAGGUACCGGCCAGCGUCGGCGUGCCGCCAGCGUCCUACGCGGCCAAACCGACCAUCUCCGCGCCGCCCGCUGGAUUCUACGCGUCGGCGAGCAAACCUGCGCCGGUGAGCGCGGCCGGUCAGCCGCUGUACGGCGCCGCCCGGCCGGCGGCCAGCUCCCCGGCGCCGCCGGCCGUCUACGGCGCGCCGCGGCCCGCCUCGCCGGCGCUGUUCCAGGCCAAGCCGUCCCCGCCGGCGCCUGUCCCAGCGGCGCACUCCACCAAGCCGGCGGCCAGCUGCGGACCGGCUACUGUCUCCACCGCUGCCGGUCCCAUCUACGCGGGCAAGGCUGUCGUCAGCUCGGCGGCGUCUCUCUACACGGCUGUCUGUACCGCCGGCGCCACCCCGCUCGUUACCAAACCGGUGUCGGCGGCGACGACCGGCUACUCGACCAAGCCGACGGCGGCCGCUGUCACGCGAGCCUCGGUGGUGGAGGGGCCGCGGCCGCGCGCGCCGGCCGUGCUGCCCGACCCGCGCCGACUGCCGGCCAUGUCACCGGCCGACCAGGCUCUCUACAUGCGCGCCGCACCGCCGAGCUCUGCGCCGUCGACCCCUGCGCACCUGUCAUCCACGCCGCAGCAGGCGCCGGUGGCUCUGACCACGCGCGACCACGCGGCGCCGGCCUCGUCUCCGCUGCCGGAGCCGCCGCGCGUGGAGGUAUCGGGCCGCGCCUCUGUGGGCGCUGUCAGUACUCCCAGUCCGGCCAGCCAGGGGCGGCACAGCGUGUCCUCGCCCGCGCCGCGGCCCUUCGAACCGAACAUGCACCCGGUGCGGCACGGCGUCAUCCAGGAGCUCAAAGGUUACCCGGAGGACGCCGGCAGCAGCAGCACCCCGCCGCCGGCCCACCAGCUGCAGCGCGGCGUCUCGCAGAGCGAGAUGCUGCGCCGCUCGGCGGGCCUGCUGCAGCCGCACCUGGCCUCGCCCGGUCCGCCGGAGCUGUCUGCCGCCGCCCACUACUUGCCGCAGAUGUACCACCCGGCCUACUACAUGCAGCAGCUGCACGAGCAGAUGGCCCUGCAACAGCAGCAGCAGCAGCAGCAGCAGCGGGCGGCGGCCGGCGCCCUGCCACCCCAGCUGGGCGGCUACCCGGCCCACCUGCCACCCAAAAAGGAGGAGGACGAGGGGCGCGCCACGCCGGCGGCGCCCGGCGCCGACCAGUACGGCGUCUCGGCGCCCUGGAUGGCCGGCUACCACGACCAGCCGGCGGCGCCCUUCAGCCUCGAGUCGCCCUGCAGUCGAGACAUCGUCGAACUGCAGAGGUACCGUUCGGUGUGGUCGGGCCAGCUGGAGCUCAAGUCGGACCGGGCUCUGGUCCAGUUCCGGCUGGUCUCCGGCAGCCGACAGGUGGCCGACGCCUCCCUGCCGCCGGCCGAGCCGCGCGUACUGCACAUACCCAAACGGAUGCGCCUCGAGUGGGCCCAGCUGGACGGCGUGGCGCGGAAAAUGGAGAACGAGGACGAGUACUGCAUGCUGCUGGCGGUGCCGGCGAUCCCCGAGGGCGGCGGCCAGGCCGAGGAGCUGGCGCAGCGCUCCACCCUGCGGACGGCCUUCAUCACGUACCUGCAGCUCAAACAGGCAGCCGGCAUCAUCAACAUCGACGGACCGCAGGGUAGCUACGUGGUGCACAUUUUCCCGCCGUGCGACUUUGCCAACGAGAACAUGGCUCGGAUCGCGCCGGACCUACUGAGCGCCGUGGCCGAGGUGCCGCACCUGGUCAUUGUGAUCGCCACCUGCUGACGGGGCGGCCAGCCGCUCGCGCUGCCCGCCGCCGCCCUACGCUUAAUCGGAGAGGACCGCGCGCGGCCGUAUGUUGUUACAUGUGUAGAUUGUUAUUAGUAGUGGAAUCAUGGCUUGGAUUGAUUUGUCCCUGUCGUUCUGUCUGUGUCGGAUAUAUCUCGCCAUGUACAAAUCUGGCGACACUAGUUGCCGUGUAUAUAGUGUACAUAGAUGUAUAUAGAUAUAUCUCAUCAUCACACACACACACCACACACCAACACACAGACACACCCCUUUUUACGCUUUUGAUUGACUUGGACUUGCGGCAGUUCACCGGUUUGUCUAGAUCCAACUUUUAGGAUCGUGUGUUGGGUGGCGCUCGCGCUCGCGCGCUCGCUCGCUCGCUGGGGUGUUGUUUGUCGCGACGGGCCGCCAUGACUGCGGCCGACAGGCGGACCGCGCGCGCUCGCCGGAAUUCGUGUCUCCAGUAUUUUAGCUGACUAUAUCCAAGAGAUCAUUCUCUUUCAAAGUUGGAAGCCACUUAGGCGUUCGUUCGUUGGUUUGCCGUUAAAUUGUCCUCCUGCGCGCUCAGUGCGGGCGCCGCCGGCUGGUCCGAUUUAGACGUUUUUCCGUUCAUUUUGGGCAAACUUACCAUUCGGAAAGCGCGGCCUGAGUAUAAACGUAGUUGUUGGCAGUGGAGUUUGCUCAAUACCUGUGCUAAAAUAUUAUAUUUUCGAUUCCCUAGUGUGUAAAGUGAGCCGUAUAUUUUUCUGUUGUAGGAUCAUGAUCGACUGUCGGGCGCUCGCGCGCAGCCGGCCGGCCCGGCGCCGCGGCGGGCGUCGCCACAUUGCCGCCGCGGUGCCGGGCGACCGCCGCGCCGGCGCCGCCCGAGAGCUAACCGUUAGAUGUCCGUGUGUGGCCGAGGCUGUGAUCAGAGUAAAACGCCUGAUUGUAAUGUCUACAGAACGUUAAGUUAUUUGAUCAUGGAAAAUAAAAUAAAAAUAUCAAAAAUA